ACUCGCUUCCAAAACCCCGCAUCAUCUCUCUCUCUCUCUCGGCUAUCCUUCGACCAUCUCGUUUCCCUAAAUCCCCAUCUUUUCCUCCUCUCCCCCGCGAGAGGAUCGGUUCCUUUCACUGCGCCGCCCUUCGCCCUCAGGCCCGUUUCCUCCUCUUUCCUCUCCUGAUUUCAGGCAUCACUUGGUUGGAAGAGAAAAGGAAAUGUAUCCUUCAAAGGGGAGUAAUUCAUAUGGGCAACAAUCAUAUGGUGGGCAACAGUCGUACGAUGGGCAACAGUCGUUUGGUGGGCAACAGUCGUAUGGUGGGCAACAGUCGUAUGGGCAAAUCCCUGGAAGUGGGUAUCCUGUGAAUCAGGUGGGGGCUCCAGAAAGUGGACCUCAACAUGCAUUGGUUGCUCGACAAUCUUCAAUGAUGGGUAUGAGUGCUACACAAGAUACAGAUGUGAGUGGGUAUAGGAGCCAUCCAUCUCAAGCAUCCCAGUAUGGAGGACCAUAUGCUUCUGUUUAUGGGUCAUCUACCUUGAGCAGUGGUCAACAGGUUGGUGGAGUGAGUGGUAAAGCGGCAGUUUCAUCCAGCCUUCAGGGUCGAGCAACUUAUUCUUCGGCACUGGCAGAGUCAUCUAAAUUUUCAUCUGGAACUCUUAGCUCCGGUUUGGGAAUGACCAGUGAUGACUAUCUUUCGGCAUCAAAUCGUGGAUAUACCCAGAAAGGCGAUCAGUUUUCUUCAGUGAAAAAUUCUGAUUAUGCUUCAAUGGACAGGAGGCACUACAGUGAGCAUCAGGUUGCUUAUAUUGGGAGGGAGUUGCAGAGUGAUUCAGCUAGAAGAUAUGGUGAAUCUGUCUCCCUUAGCCAUCCGCAUCAGUCAGAGAUGCAUGAUCGCAUAGACCAGGCAACAUUACUUCGUCAACAGCAAAUGCUGAAAGCUCAAUCUCUGCAGUCUGGUUCGGACAUUAGACAAGCUGAUUACUAUGCAGUAAGGGCUGCUCCUAUACAUCAUGGACCCCAAGAGGUUGGUUCAUAUGGUGGAAGGAUGGACACUGAUCCUCGCAGUUUAUCUAUUCUUGGGAGUGCUCCUUAUGGUGGACAACAUGCAGCUUCCAUUUUAGGGGGAGCUCCGAGGAGAAAUGUGGAUGAACUCAUUUAUGCACAGGGGUCAUCUAGUGCUGGUUAUGGGGUUGGUUUGCCCCCUGGACGGGACUAUGUUGCUGGAAAAGGUCUUCGUGGCCCAUCACUGGAGUCUGAUUAUCAAGGGAGUGUUUUAUCACGUGCACAUCCAAGCCUUGGGGCCUCUAUGCUUGAUGAACGGAAGGAUGAUAGGAAUGCCUAUCGUCGAGAACUUGAGAUAAGAGAGGAGGAACGCCGUAGGGAGCUUAUGCGGGAGAGAGAGAAACGGGAAAGGGAGGAACGUGUCCGUGAAAGAGACAGAGAACGUGAAAAGGAUCGCCUUCGUGAGCGCCGGGACAAGGAGAGAGAACGAGAUCGCAAGCAUCUACCUGAUUCUAGGCGGGAACGGACUCCAGCAAGAGCUACUAGAGAUCGCCGCGGUUCUUCUACAUUGAGAGAUGAAAAACCUUUACGUCGUGUCUCGCCCCGUCGAGUGUCACCACGUCGAGAGGUUUUGCAUAGGCAUCGUUCACCUGUUAAAGAAAAAAAGAGAGAAUAUAUCUGCAAGGUCUAUCCAUUCUGCUUGGUGGAUGUUGAAAGGGAUUACUUGUCUUUGAGUAAACGUUACUUUAGGUUAGCGAUAGCGCCAGAGUUUUCCAAGGUUAUUUUAAACUGGCCAAGGGAAAGCUUGAAUCUUUCACUUCAGACUCCUGUCAGCUUUGAGCAUGACUUAUUAGAAGUAGAUGACAAAGAUGUGGAGAAGGGGACAGUUUCCUUGGAUGAAUCAUUGAAAUCCAAGAGUGGAGCUACUGUUUGGAAUGCUAAGGUUAUCUUGAUGAGUGGAAUCAGUAGAGAUGCUUUAAAUGAGCUGUGUUCGGAUAAAAGUGCUGAUGAGAGGAUGGUCCACUUCAACAACAUUCUGAAGUUUGCUAUUCUUAGGAAGGAUCGUGCUUUUAUGGCAAUUGGAGGCCCAAGGAAUGUGGCAGUAGAUGGUGGAGAUCCAUCAGUUGAUGAUCCUUCCUUGAUUCAAACAGCUAUCAGAUAUGUCAAAGAUCUAACUCAACUUGAUUUGCAUAAUUGCCCGCACUGGAAUCGUUUCCUUGAGAUACACUAUGAUAGAGUGGGAAAGGAUGGAUUCUUCAGUCAUAAAGAAGUCACGGUGUUAUUUGUCCCGAACCUAUCAGAAUGCCUGCCUUUGGUGGAUCUCUGGCGAAAUCAAUGGAUUGCGCAUAAGAAGGACAUGGCUGAGAGGGAACGGAGACCGGCCACAAAACAGGAGAAGAAAUCUGGUGAAGAGAAGGAAGCUGUCCAUGGUGUAAAAGGGGAUGAGAGUCUUAGCAAAACCGCAGAGGAUGAUUCUGCUAGAAGUCUUAAAGCUGAAGACUUUCCAGAUGAGAAGGCCGAAGUAAAUACAGAUAACAUCAGUGGAUCAAAGAAAAGCAUAGGCGAGCAGAAAGGCAAAGAACUUGUGUUAAAUGAAAAAAAUAGUGAGAAGGAAAUGAAAGGAUCUGUGGAUGACAAAGAUAAAAUCGAUGAAACAAUAAUUCAUGAUGAGUCCUCUGUGGACCCAGCAGUUGAGGUUCAAAAGCCUGCUGCAAAGAAGAAAACUGUCAGGAAGGUAGUGAAAACGAAGGUUGUGGGUAAGAAAGUACUUGCGGCAACUGUGGACUCAGCUGCCAAGCUUGAUGAAAAGAUGGAUGUCAAGGAUGAAGGAGAUAAACAUAGCAAGCAAGAAAAUGCUGCCCAGGAAGAUGAGAGUUCAGCUGAGCCGCUGAAUGUUAAAACUUCUGUUAAGAAGAAAGUUGUUAGAAAGGUAGCUGGGAGUAAGUCUGCUCAGAAGGAAGAUAAGACCAUAGAAACUUCUGACUCUCAAUCUGAGAAGAAACUGGAGAAAGAACCAGAGUUUCAAGGUGACCAAGCAAAUGACAAGAAAGAACAGUCUGGAACCGCGGUUCUGCAAGCAACUGGGGAUAAGACACCUGGAAAGAAGAAAAUUGUUCGAAAGGUGAUUAAAAGAAAGGUUUUGGCUUCUGAAGAUAAGGACAUGAAAGCAACUAAGCAGAAUGCUGAAGCGAGCAAAGAAGAUGAUGUAAAGGGUCAAGCUGGAAAGAAAGAUGAGGAAUUACUUGAGGGUAGUAACCCUGCAAACAAGACAACAGAGUUAUCUAAAACGGUGGCUGUUGAGAAAGAAAGCUUGAGUGAAAAAAAAAGAAAGGAAGACAAGAAAGAUAGAAGGGAGAGUAGGUCAGGUGAUAACAGUUCGGAGGCAGACAAAGGAGGCUUAAAGAGUAGCAGUGAGCCUGAGUUUGCAAGGCAAAAGGAUUCUAAGAAAGAUGGUCAGGAUACCAAGAAAGAAAGUAUAAAAGAUGAGAAGGAGAAGAAGAAUACAGAUGUGAAGCAUGAGUCUAAAGAAAAAUUACAUAAAGGAGGGAAGGAGAAGGAGAAUUCUGAAGAACCUCCUAAACACCCUGGUUUUUUUCUUCAGGCCAAAAGGAGCAAGGGAUCUAAAAUACGCUCUAUGUCUCUCUCAUUGGAUGGACUCUUGGAUUAUAAUGACAAGGACAUUGAAGAAUCAACAUUUGAGCUUUCACUAUUCGCCGAGUCAUUCAAUGAAAUGCUUCAGUACCAAAUGGGGUGCCGCAUCUUGUCUUUUCUUGAGAAAUUGCGGAAGAAGUUUGUUUUAAAAAGAAAUCAAUGCAAAAGAGAAAGAGAUGAGGAUUCUGAGAAGGGAAGUGGAAAGGAGAAGUCGUCCACAAAGCGUCAGAAGACCAGUGAUGACUCUCCAGUGGAAAAUGAAUGUCAUAAAUCUGAGAUACAGGAUAAUUCUAAACAGGAUAAUGAAGAGAAGAAGGGUGUAGAUGGUUCUGCAGGUGACUCAGAUGAACCUAAAAUAGAAAACAGAAGAGAGGAGGACGUUAUUGAGGAGGAGGAAGAAGAAGAAGAAGAACUAGAAGAUCCAGAGGAGAUUUUUGAAGAGGAUCAGGAAAUGGACGAUGUUGCAGCAUCAGACAAUGAAGCUCAGGAGGAUGGGACGGCGGAUGGAACAGCUGAUUUAGAGGCUGGGUCAGAAAAAACAAGAGAAGAUGGUAAUGGCAAGAAAUCUGCAAAUGAAAAGAGCAGUGAUGAUGUGGUGAAGGUAGAUGAAAAGUCUGACAAGGAGAAGGAACAGACACAUCCUGAGACACAGGUGUCAGAGUCUGUGAAAGAGGAGGUUGUUGAUAAGGAAUUGUUGCUGGCUUUCAGGUUUUUUGACCGAAACAGUGUGGGCUACAUCAAGGUCGAAGAUUUGAGGUGCAUCAUCCACAACAUGGGCAAAUUUCUAUCCAACAGGGAUGUCAAGGAGUUGGUACAGAGUGCGCUUUUUGAAAGCAACUCAGCAAGAGACAAUCGCAUCUUCUACAGGAAGCUUGUGAGGCUAACCGACCUCUAAUUGUAUUCCUGAAACACUGGUGAAUCACCAGGGUGCUUCAAAAUUAUGCAGGAGUUAAUCCUGGAAUUCUGAUUGGUUGCCUCUAAUUGUUCUUUUUGGUUGCCUCUGAUUGUCAUCCCAAGUUACAUGCCUUAUACAUUGUCUUCAUAUUAUAUUGAAAAUUGUUCUGCCAGCUCCUA